AUGAUCAGCACAAUCCCACAUGUGCAAUCCCGAGGAUCCUAAAGUCCCUUGAACGCUACUCGUAAGCGUCCCCGCCCCCUCUCUACUGCUGAGUCCUCAUGAGAGGUCUAGGCUUCCCAGGAUUCAACUCAACACCUGUCUUGGCGGCAUCUUCAGAUUGAUUGAUGACGCGAUUUUAAAUUCAAGUCUAGGCUCAAUUGAACGUUCACAUAAUUCCCGGGUACGGUAUGCAUUUAUCCGCAAAGUUGGCCGAAUCCCUUAACCUGUUUUCGGGCAACGGUUUCGUUCCACCUCCGAACUCCGGGGGGCGUAAACAGUGGUUUAUCUUCCUCAACUGGGGCAAGGUUAAGUUCGUUGAUUGGAUGGGACAGCGCCAUGUGAGUGAGCCUACCGUAUUCUUUUGAUGGGUGAUAUCGGUUCUGGGACUAACCGGGGGUGAUAGUCCUACCUAUCGCUGCGCCAAAAGCGUGAAAUGCGGUGGGUGUGAUGGAAUUCUGGUUGCUUCCGUGAUUACGAGUACUGCACAGUACCGUUAGUUGGGAACAAGAUUGUUUGCUUACCCCCCUUGGCCUAGAUAAAAAUACCCCUCUUCUGCCCCCACCAAGCAACCGACUCCUCUUCUCUCUUUCUUCCCUCCGCCUUUUCUUUCCUGAUCACGCUACACACCACAUCAUUGCUCUACUACCAAAAAAAAAGCGCCAAACAACCUCACUUUGAUCAAAAUGGUUAAGGCUGGUGAGUGCUCCCUGAGUUUGUUUGUGUGAUACUUGCUAUUUUUUUAUCUUUUUUGUAUUAAUUAUUGGGACUCUUUCAUCCUUUGAAAGUUUCUUUCGUUUCUAUUUUGAUUUCACCGCUGUUUCGUUUUAAUAGAGCAAUCUUUGCUGAUCCGAUAUAUGGCAGUCGCCGUCGUCCGUGGAGACUCCAACGUCUCUGGAACCGUUACCUUCUCCCAGGAGAGCGAAACCUCUCCCACCGUUAUCACCUAUAGACUCACUGGCAACGACCCUAAUGCCCAGCGUGGUAUGCACAUCCACGAGUUCGGUGACAACACCAACGGGUGUACUUCUGCAGGAGCUCAUUUCAACCCCUUUGGCAAGACCCACGGCGCUCCCUCCGAUGAGGAGAGGCACGUUGGGGACUUGGGUAACAUCCAGACUGAUGCUCAAGGCAAUGCUGAGGGAAGUGUCGAGGAUAAUCUCAUCAAGUUGAUUGGCCCUGAGAGCAUUCUAGGGGUAUGUUUGUCAUUUGCCUGGGGAGGAGCGUAAACGAAGAUGGUGAGAAGCUGACCGAUAUUUCUAGCGCACCAUUGUUGUUCACGGUGGCACCGACGAUUUGGGCAGAGGUGAUAACGCCGAAUCCAAGAAGACCGGAAACGCUGGUCCUCGCCCUGCCUGCGGCAGGUCCCCCCACCCUUUUGCUUAAUUUCUAUCCGUUUGUAUCUGUUAACUUGUGCCCUUUAGGUGUUGUCGGAAUCUCCGCUUAGGUUACAGCGGAAGUAGGAGAGGCGUUGCUUGAGCAAGUUGGGGUUUAAUAUUCGUUGAGCUGUCCUCGGUACUAGCUAGGGCUUACAUCUAAUGAAAUAUCUCUAACCUUGUCAAAACUACAAUUAUUGAGCCGUGUUGGCUGCCUCAUGGGGUUUAUUUUUAUUGUCCAUAUGACGCAUGGCACUGACCUGUUGCAAUUACGCCAUUAACGUAAUUUGUGAGGGCCAAUUUGGCGGACUCUUUGGUAAUCUCCUCCACGCACCACACCGGCGGGCACGUGCAGUGGAUACGGGGAGGUGGGUUGUCGAUUUAUAAGCUUGGUUGGCAGGACUAAGCCUAUAGGAAGGUUUGUUCACUUAUUUGCGCAUCUCAUAACUAAUUAGAUUAUGAGAUGAGACCUCAUCGGGGGGUGCAUGCAUCAUCACUCGAAUCCUGGGUAUCAUUAUUAGCUAGGUCCGAUAGCGCUCCCGCACAGGGUUACACACAUCCCUUGUGCUCAGGCGAUAGUGGUACAGGGCAGAUAUUCUACGGGUACCAAAAUUUGAGACAUACUAUCCUCGCUUGAUGGUACAAGUAGCUGGGUUACUGGUUGAAAGUAUGCGUUAAUACUGAUAAAUUUUAUUGUUUUUUUUACCUCAAACAGAUCAAUAGUACCGUACAAGUACCGUAUUCUGUGCAUUUUCUAUGUGUGGACCCUUUCAGGGCUAGGGUAGCUUCCCCACGUUUUGUAAAGUGUCCUCUACGCAUGACAAACGGAAAAAAAAAAAAAAAAAAAUCCAAAGUGUCCUCAGGAGCUCAGCACGUACCUGCGUGAGCAACCUUCCCAACCAAACCAACGCAUCUCUCCUGACAGAUUUCUUGCCCUACACACUCCUCCCCCCUUACAUCCCCUACCAUUCGAAGUCAAUCUGAAUUAAAACUCGGAUUGACAAAGCUCCCUCAUAACAGAUUCUCCCUUAUUGAGAAAAAAUAAUCAUUGGAUUCAAACAACUUGAAGGUUUCCAUCCCCGGCUUUCCCUUUUUCUACUGGGUAGAAGAUGUUCAAUUUUCCCUGGUUUAACCGCCUCGCUAGGGGCUCUUUUGGAUGGUUUGCUAACUUACCUCGAGUUCCGUCGAACCUGACCCAGCCUUUCACAAUCAUCCUGCACUAUUUUCGGUCAACAUGUCUGGCAGCGCUAGGGUAAAGUCUGUCCUGUCGGGGGAUACACUUAUACUCCAGUCUGUAAAAUCAGCUGGUCUGGAAAAAACUUUAGCCCUGGCUUAUGUUUCUGCUCCGAGAUUGAAGCGUGAGGGCGACGAGGUAAGCUGAUAGAAGCAUCUAUUCACUGCAAUCGGGGCCAUGUUGCUAAAUGGUGGCUGUAUUAUUAGCCCUUUGCCUUUCAAUCUCGUGAUUUUCUACGCAAGGCCACGGUUGGAAAGGAAGUCAAGUUUCAGGUUCUCUACACUGUUCCCAAUACCAACAGAGAGUAUGGACUGGUCCUGUUGCCCAAUGGAGAGAGUCUACUUGAGAAGACCGUCUCUGAGGGUUGGGUUAAGGUCCGUGAGGAUGCGGGAAAACGUGAAAACCAGCCUGACAACGAAACUACGAUUGAGAAGCUGAAAGAGUUGGAGGUUACUGCAAGCACUGAACGUAAAGGUGUCUGGUGUGCCUCUGACGAUGGAAGAAUUGAGACCAAUUACGAAUACCCCCCUGCAAGCGAAGCUGUGGGUUUUCUUGAGAAGCACAAGGGACGGACUGUUUCUGGUGGGUUGAUAUGCUUCGAGAGCUUUAUAUUUUAGGUGGUUCAAUUGAGAGAGCUAACCCGGUGAUCAUUUUUAUAGGUAUUAUUGAGAGAGUUAUUGCGGGAGAUAGGGCCGCUAUUAGACUCUUCCUCGGACCUAAGCUUCAUCAAGAACUCGUUGUUCUCAUCGCCGGUGUGAGGACGCCUUUGACAAAGCGUGUAGACGCAUCUGGGAACGAGCAGCUGGCGGAAGAAUACGGGGAGCAAGCCAAGAGCUUCGUCGAGUCCCGUUUGCUGCAACGUUCCGUUGAUGUCACCUUACUCGACUUGAGUCCCCAGUCUCAAUUUAUAGGAAACGUCAUCCACCCACAAAGUGGAAAUAUUGCCGAGGCUCUUCUUAAGCAAGGCCUUGGUAGAUGCCAGGACUUUCAUAGCACGAUGAUUGGGUCUUCUAUGGUUAGGCUUAGGGCUGCAGAGAAGCACGCUAGGGAAAAUAGGCUCCAUUUGUGGAAAGACCAUGUUGUCAAGGUCCCAACUAGCAAUCCCCGGGAUGCUAUCGUUACUAGGAUUGUGAAUGCCGAUACGAUUUUCGUUCGAAAUAAGGCUGGCGUCGAGAAGAAGAUUAACCUUUCUAGUGUUCGACAGCCAAAGUAGGUACCGUCUGAAUGUUUCGAUAUCAGGGACUUUGCUAAUUGUCAGAUAGGCCUACAGAUCCUAAGCAAGCACCUUUCCAGGCCGAGGCUAAGGAAUUUCUGAGAAAGAAAUUAAUUGGCAAACACGUUGUUGUCACCAUUGAUGGAAAACGCGCUGCUACUGAAGGAUAUGAUGAGCGUGAGAUGACAACUGUCAUUUUUAACAAUAAGUAUGCAUUCUCCUUGGUUAGGCUUUAGCUCAACUUACUAAUGUUGUUCUACCACUAGGAAUGUUGCUCUCUCGCUUGUUGAAAAUGGAUGGGCAAGUGCUGUUAAACAUGGGAGGAGGGAUGAGGAUCGUUCGCCUAUUUAUGAUGAACUUCUGGCGGCUGAGGUAGCGGCACAGAGAGAUCAGAAAGGGAUGUACGCCCCCAAGCCGCCUGCAUCUUCUAAGCUCGUUGAAGUUUCAGAAAAUAUCACAAAAGCAAAAGCCUACCUUUCAUUUCUUCAACGUCAGAAGCGUAUCCCUGCAGUGGUAGACUUUGUUUCUUCGGGAUCUAGAUUUAAGGUCAUCAUUCCCCGUGAGAGUGUCCGUCUUACUCUCGUUCUGGGUGGUAUUCGUGCGCCUAGAACUGCUCGCAAUCCAGCCGAGGAGUCAGAGCCCUUUGGUCCAGAAGCCCUGGAAUAUGCGUCGAGGCGGUGCAUGCAGAGAGAUGUUGAGAUUGAUGUAAUUGACAUUGAUCGGGUUGGCGGGUUUAUUGGCACAAUGUACGUCAACCGUGAGAAUGUUGCCAAGGGGCUUGUGGAAGAGGGGCUUGCGGCCGUUCAUCAUUACUCCGCCGAGAAGUCAGGAAAUGGAAAUGAACUUUUUGCUGCUGAAAAGAGGGCCAAAGAGGCAAGGAAGGGGCUUUGGCAUGAUUGGUCCCCUGAGGAUGAUGGAGAGAACAGCUAUGAUUCCCCGGUGAACGUUGUUGCAACCGAAGAGGUCGUUGAACCGAGGACCGAUUAUCGAGAUAUAAUAAUCACAAAUAUUGAUGAUCAGGGAAGGCUGAAGGUUCAGGUUGUGGGAACUGGUACGUAUAUUGGGAAACUUAGGUCGAAUAUCACUGACUUUUUACAGGGACUUCGGCUCUUGAGGAAAUGAUGACUGCCUUUAAGAACUUCCAUCUCUUGCCCCAGAACAACAAAGGACUAGAAGGACCGCCUCGGGUUGGCGAAUUGGUCGCGGCAAAGUUUACAGAUGAUAACUCCUUCUAUCGUGCCCGCGUCCGCCAUGUCAAUCGUGAGGCCAGGGAGGUUGAAGUGAUGUACAUUGAUUACGGUAACUCUGAGAAGCUACCGUUUUCGAGGCUUCGUCCUUUAUCACAGCCUCAGUUUCAAACUGCCAAGUUGAUGCCACAGGCCAUAGAUGCGUCACUCUCUUUCAUACAAUUUCCCACUGUCCUCCACUACGCCCAGGAGUCUGUCGAUGCCCUUGGCCAGAUGACCAAUGGGAAACAAUUGGUUGCCAACGUUGAUUAUGUCGGCUCUGACGGAGCGCUCUACCUCACCUUGUAUGACCCGAAGGAGAGUGAUCGCUCGGAGAGUAGCAUCAACGCAGAGCUGGUAUCUGAGGGAUUAGCCAUGGUUGCUCUGAAGCUGAGACCCUUUGAAAGGGCAUACCCGGCUAAACUCAACACCCUCAAAGAGAGGGAAGCCUUGGCCAAGGGGGAGAGGAAAGGAAUGUGGGAGUAUGGAGGUAUGUAGAUGCCAACUAUCGCGUGCUGUUAUAAGAUAUAUCAUGCAUGAGCUAAUGUGCAUAUAGAUAUUACCGAGGACUAGGUUGAUUUUCAAUGAAUUUCUCUUGUUUUUUCUUACCUUUCCCUACAUUCUGUUUGCAUGUCAGGCGGAAAGAAAAAUUUGUUUCAGGGAUUUUGAGUCACGCAUGGCAUUUCCAGGUUCCUUGAGUGGGGUUUGAAAAGGCGAAAGGUGUAAUGUUUUUUUUUUCUUUUUUCCCUACUACAUAUCAUGAUCAAUUGGGGGUUGACUAUGUGCGCACCUUGCGUUGUUUGUUUGUUACGCGUACCUGGUUGUUAGCGGUUUGAGGUGAUUUUCAGGUGAGAGUGAGGAUUGGUCUCGGGUUUUGUUGCCCUAGUGUGUUAGGGCAACCUCAGUAUUCUCGCUAGCUGCUUUUCCCUGGCCGCAAGGGGGUUUUUUUUUUUUACUGUGAAUUUGAUUGCUGCAAGUGGUUUUUCGCUUGUGACGUUGCUAAUUUGUCUUCCUUGUGGCUGGAGUGUUGGUAUGGUGGGAGAAAGGGGGGGAGAGGUAUACCUGAUAUCGUUGAUUUCUAGCUUUGUAGAAUAACGUUGCUCCCACUUUCAACUAAAGCACUUACCGGCUAUGAGACAAACGAGUGACAUAUAAUGAUCACAAUAAGGUGUUCAAAAUACAUACACUAGUCUAGUUGAGAACUGAGCGAGGGAAAAAAAAAAAAAAAAAAC